AAUAAAAUGUGCAGAAACCGAGUUAACGGCCGGACUGCGAUUUGCAGGAGGCUGUGCGGUGAAUGGAAACCAACGCCAGAUAAAACAACACAUCGACAAGGCGUGUUUGAACAUGUUGCCAACCCAGAAACAAAACAGAGAUGAAGCGUAAAAACGAGAGAAGGAAGCGUUGGGAGCCGAAGAAAAAAAGACCUGUCGUGAAACGCGGAGAACUGGACAAGCUGACGGCUGAUGUUUACAUUUGCAUCACAGAUCGUCUGUAUUUUGCCAUCCUUCACCAGAAACCCAGAAGUACUUCAGAAAGGCACUACUUCUGCAUAGAUGAAGAGCUUGAAUAUGAAAACUUCUAUGCAGAUUUUGGACCUCUUAACCUGGCCAUGUUUUAUCGCUAUUGCUGUAAGCUGAAUAAAAAGUUAAAGUCCUUCACACUUGGAAAAAAGAAAAUUGUGCACUACACUUGUGGUGACCAGAAAAAACAGGCUAAUGCUGCUUAUCUUAUAGGCUCAUAUGCAGUAAUGCACUUGAAGAAAACCCCAGAAGAGGCAUAUCGGCUUUUGUUAUCUGGAAACACCUCCUACUUGCCUUUUAGGGAUGCUUCUUUUGGCACUUGCACAUACAAUCUAAACAUCCUUGACUGUUUACAUGGAGUCCAUAAGGCUCUGCAAUAUAAAUGGCUUGACUUCUCUGACUUUGAUGUUGAGGAGUACGAACAUUAUGAGAGAGCAGAAAAUGGAGACUUUAAUUGGAUAAUUCCUGGGAAGUUUUUAGCCUUCAGUGGACCACAUCCAAAAAGCAAAAUUGAAAAUGGCUAUCCUCUUCAUGCACCUGAAGCCUACUUCCCUUACUUCCGAAAGCACAACAUCACCACAAUAGUUCGUCUAAACAAGAAAAUGUACGAUGCCAAGCGAUUUACUGAUCUAGGUUUUGAGCACUAUGAUCUUUUCUUUGUUGACGGAAGUACACCGAGUGACGCCAUAGUCAAGAAGUUCAUAAAUAUCUGUGAAAAUGCUGAGGGUGCCAUUGCUGUUCAUUGCAAAGCUGGUCUUGGCCGAACGGGUACUCUAAUAGGAUGCUACAUGAUGAAGCAUUAUAGGUUAACUGCAUCUGAAACCAUUGCAUGGAUAAGGAUCUGUAGACCAGGUUCAGUCAUUGGACCCCAGCAAAAUUACGUGCAAGAAAAACAAGCUAGCCUGUGGGCAGAAGGAGACAUCUACCGUGCAAAAGUGAGAGAGAGACAAAAUGGAACGAGCAAGGUUGCAGUCACAAGAAUCUUAUCGGGGGUCGAUGACAUUUCAAUUAAUGAUAACACAAACGGCAUGAGUGCAAAACUGGAAAUAGAACUGUAUAAUGAUGAAGAUGAACGGAAUACUAUAACUCAAGGGGACAAAUUACGUGCUCUGAAAAGCAAGAGGCAAGUUCGAGCAUCAACGGGAUCAUUAACCUCAGAAGAGAACACUAUUCACACCAGGUCCUCGUCACAGUCAUUUAGAAUCAUUUUGCAAUCCAGUGUGCAGAGCAACAAACUUUCCAAAUCUGCAAGCCUUUCAAGUGGCACAGACACUGGGAAAAGAACAAGAAAAUCUGCUACAGGACACACCAGCUUAGGGAGCCAGUUGUUAAACUCUAGGCUAGCAAGAUCCUUAGGCAACUUGCAUGCAUUGACUAGUGACCAGGACCAAACCCAGAAUGAGGCAAAAUUAGGCUCUAAACUUGUAAGCAAUUCAACCAACCAGAUGAACAACCUAAAUGCAGUAAACAACUACACCCAGCAGAGAGCAACCACAGGUCACUCUCAGACAUCUGAUUCCUCAGAAGGGGAGAAGUAAAGCUCGUCGCAUUUACCACAAGCGAUUAAUGAGAUUAUGUCACGCCAUUCCGAAAUCCAGAGUACCACUGCUUCGCUAAAAUGAAAGAAAGUCUGUAUAAAGGAGUUGAGUCAAUUCUUCCUAGACAAGAAAUACUGAGCUGACCUUUUUUUGAAGCUUCUGGAGAAUACAGACUAAUCCUAAAGACACUUAUUGUGGAUAUUUCAAUCACAAAUUAAUUGUAAACAAUUAACAAAAAAAACUUGUUACUUUUUAAUAAUGGCUUGGACUGCAUUUGGAGUAGUCAGCAUGACACGGGGACCAAUUGUGAUGGCAAUCUUCAUGUGACUUGUAAAUAUUGGGGUCAUGUACCUUUUUUUUUUUUUUGUCUUUAAGUAUAUUGUAAUUAGCAUGACUGUAUUUUAUAUAGUAAUGAAAGUAUUCAUUUUCUAUGUAAGAUUUUCUAUUUGUAAGAAUUCAGUGACACUGUCAUUUCAUAAUUUGUUUAAUUGUUUUUUUUUGUCUGAGAUGCAGCAGAAGUUUGUACAUUUGUGAGAAGCAUUUGAUGUGUUUACACAAGUACCAAAUUUAAGGCAUUAUGUAUAUAAAGUGGAAUUAUGUAAAGGCUGAAAUAUAUACAAUAGUUUUCAUUUGUUUUAUAAAUCAUGUAACUCCUGUUUUAUAUUAAAUGAUAUAUAUGCUGUAUCCAUAUUGGUAAGUGCAAAUGCCAAUAACAUUCCUGCCACCAUGCUCUUGUCUUUUUUUUUUUGGGGGGGAGGGGGGGGUUUAAAACUUGAAGGUAAACUGGUGUUAUUACUCAAACUGCAGAGAUUUCAAAUCAGCUGCAAUGUGCUUAAACCUUGCUGCUCCUUAAGAGUACCACAUACUAUAGGAAAUUCUCUUGGCCAGAUACUGUCUACUUUUCUUAAUGUCUUUUUGAUGCUGUUUUAUGUCAGAAGAGCACCUAGUGUCGAAUCAGGUUCAAAGAGUACAUUUGUAAGUUCCCAAUAAUAAAUGUGAUUGUUUUGUAAA